UUGCAUCGAAAAGUACAAGCACUCCUCUGGUCAACAAGCUUCAUAAUUUGUGCAAUCAUCAUUCAGGUCUAGAGCCUAAACAGCAAAGGACAAGAUGUGUUUUAAGAUGUGUUUAAAGAUGAAAUGCUUUAAUUGCUUCUACACUAAACGCAGUGACCGCCACAGCAACAAAAUGACCAACAGCCCCUCCAAGGCAUCAGGAGAGCCCCCUGUACAUACUCCAACCUCACAGCCAAACCUGAGACAUGACCAACAAAGCAAACAAGACCGCAAGGAAACUGCGAAGACAACUGGAUCCAAACGAGGACAGGCUGAAGGUAUCCCAAAGGAAGAUGCUGUUGUGCUUAAAGAGUGGAGUUUUAAGACCAGUGAGUCAUCAAUCACUGGUGGUAAAACAGGUCAAAUGACAGCAAGACCUCAACCAGUCAAUGCAAAAGAGCCAAUCAAGAGCUUUGUGUCUGAAAAGGGGGACAUGAUGGAUACAGAUGAAGAGAGGUCACUGGAUAAACGCAGAGAAAGCAAAGAAAAUAGUACUAAUAGAUUGAAGAGGAAGAACACAAUAACCAAAGAGAAAGACUCAAGGAAAUCAUCAACCACUUCUUCAAAAAAACUAACAUUAAACAGGCCCAGAAGAAAACUUAAAAAGGACCUAAUACCGAACCCUGAGGUCUUCCACAAGAUUGACACAUACGCAAUCAAUGCUGGAAGAGAGCUCAGAAUCAAGAAGAUCUUUUCGGUGCAAGCAAUCACCCAGACAAUCACAGAGGGAGCAAGCAGUGAUUUAGACAAACUGCGUGCCAUCUGGAUCUGGCUUUGCCACUACAUUGAGUAUGAUGUGAAGGGCUAUCUGGGCCUUUCUAAGAUGGUUUACUCUCCUGAGCAGGUCAUUUUGACUGGACGAGCUGUGUGCUCUGGUUACUCCAGCGUCUGUUUACAGAUGUGCAGGGAAGCUGGUAUUGAGUGCAGAGAGGUGUCAGGCCAUGGUAAAGGUGCUGGUUACCGGCCGGGUCAGAGUUACCGGAACAUUGAAUCCAACCACAGCUGGAAUGCAGUGUGUCUGGAUGGACAAUGGUACCUGUUGGAUGCCUGCUGGGGCGCUGGAAAUGUAGACCUAGACAACAGGGCCUUUAUAAAGAGAUAUAAAGAGUACUACUUUCUGACCGACCCUGAGAACUUCAUCGACUCUCACUUUCCUGAGAAGGAGGAGUGGCAGCUGUUGGAAAGCCCCAUUAAGAUUGAAGAGUUUGAGAAGAGGGUGCUGAAAAAGCCUGACUUCUACACGCUAAACUUAACUCUCAAUCACCCGAAACACUUCCUUAUAGUUACAGAGAACGGCGAGGCGACGGUAUCGAUGAGUUUCCCUCAGCUCGUCCAUUUCACCUAUCAGAUUUCCCAGCUCAGCGGCAAAAAAACACAAGAGCUGAGCAAGUCCAUCGGCUUUCUCACCAGCACGCAGCAGAGCAUGAAGCUACGCCUCAUGCCCCCAAAGCCUGGCAUGUAUGAGCUUGAGCUUUUUGCUCGAGCUGGAAACACACCCAAAACAUACAACUGGAUCUGUUCCUUCCAGCUGGAAUGUCCAUCACCCAAGAUCUCAGAAGAGCUGCCUGAGAAUCCCCAUGAGUGCUGGGGCCUGCAACCAGAUGCGACGAGUUUAGGACUUGAACCUUGCAAUUAUGGGAAUGAAAUCAUUUCACUAGAGUCUGGAUCCUUUAGGUUAGUCUUAAAGACUACUAGACCACUUAUGGUUUUGUGUGAACUGAGCCAUAAGAACCUGGAUAAGACCUUAGCCAAGAAGUGCUUGGCCAUUCAGCCUGAGCCCGACCAACUCACAUGUAGCGUCCUCUGUCCUUACUAUGGUUACUACCGUCUGUCUGUGUUUGUAAGGGACUGGGCGAAUGAAGCAGACAGCUUUGAGAAUGCAGGCAACUUUCUUCUUCACUGCACAGCUGGUGCCGUCAGCCUGAAUGAGCUUUUUCCCAGUGGCCUCAGCAGUAACUGCGGUCCUGGUAUCAAGACUCUGGAGGCCGGCCUCUUUGAGUUCAGCCAUACAGAAGCUCUGGUUUACACACAGCAAGGAAAGUGUGACAUCACUUUCCAAAACCGUCAAGAUAUAGAUCUCUUCUGCAAAUUAUCUAAAGAAGAGGGUGAUCAACCAGCAAGUCAAACCACCCUUUCAAACCAUGUCCUCUUCACUCACGAUGGGAGCAAAGUCACCAUAAGCAUCAACCUACCUGAGUCUGGAGUCUACAAGCUUGGCCUCUAUGGAAAAACAUCAUUAAAACCAGAAUACCCCCUGCUGUGUGAUUACAUCCUGAAGAACACCUCUAUCAACAAGUGGCCUCCAUUUCCACGCAUGUACGGAGCCUGGAAGAAGGGCAGUGUGCUGUUUGAACCUCGUGCGGGGCAGCUAGAAGCCUCGUCCUGGGUGAAAUUUUGUGUACAAGUCCCCGGGGCCCGAAGAGUGAGUGUGUGCGGAGAUGAGAGUGUGGAUCUCCAGCUAAGUGAGAACGGAGUUUGGGAAGGGAAGGCGUUUACAGGCAGAGGACCAGAGCUCCAUCUUGCUGCCAGCCUGAGCGAGGCCUCUAAUAAUACGAUGAGCUUCCUGAUGGCGUUCAGUGUGGUGGAACCAGAACAUAAGAAAUGAUCUACAGCUCAUAUGCAUUAAUACCAAAAGCAUCUAUGAAGCUAGGCUAUGUCAUGAAGCCCUAUUAUGACUAUAGUUAUGUCCCAAAUGGCACACUCUACACACUGCAUUUACACUAUGCACUAUGUAAUCUACCGUCUAGAGUAGGGCUGUGCGAUUAAUCGAAAUCGUCAUCAAAUCACGAUUUGAGCGUGCGCGAUUUCUAAAUCGCUUUAUAGCACACUUUUCCGAGGCCCUAACCUCCUGCAGUAUGCUAUCCGAACCAAUCAGAAUGCAGCGCGCCUAAAUGGAGUGUGAGAACAGAACAGACCGGGCAUACAGAUGUAACACCAGGUUCACACACUUUGUUUGUGGUGCGUAUUUUUUCCGAGCACAUGUUAACGGAUCAGAGCAUUCACACUGCACGCAGUUGUGGUCCGGCAGUGCACUCCAGGAGCGAUGCAUCUGCAGCAGUCAUGCAGCGAUCAUUUCGGCACAGAGUCUAUUUCUGCUGUGCUGCACACAUUGGAUUAAAGUAACAGCGAAUGUUUUGCUGUAGAAAUUAACAUGGACUGACACGGAAAUGUAGUAAUUACACAAUAAAUGCAUAUAAUUAAUGUCUACUGUUUCACAGUCAACACAUGGCUUUUUGGCUAGAUUUAAAACAAGGAAAAGUGCACUUUUAAACGUGAAUAUGUCUAUGAAGAUUGUAUUACUGUACUGUGAUAAAAUAGAAUCACAAAGCUGAAAAAGCAUUUUCAGAAACAACAUUUGGAUUUGAAAUCAAAAUAAUGGAUAAAUGUUGUGUUUGCGGUAAACAGCGGAUCAGGAGCGGACUGCAAAUGCGUCCUGUGCGAAAGCAAAAUGAGUCCAUGCUGCUUCUGCAACGCAUACACAUACUGUAUACACACUGCAGAUCGAGCACGUGUGAACCUGGUGCAACAAAUCUAUUUCAACACCUGAGGCACCGCUACAAUGAGCUCUAUGACCAAUGCAUGGCAAAAUAAAAUAAAAAUCCCUGGCCACAGGAUUUUUAUUUAUUUUUUUUUGUCACACCUUUACUUAG